CACUUUUGCUUCCAUUCUGCAAAGAGGGUGGAGCUCAAAGCUACACACCUUCUCGAUGUGCUCCAGUAGGAAUUAAAGAAUUAGAAUUGAAAGCAGAUGGCAGUGAAGUAUGACCUCUGAUCAGGACUUUAAAGUGCCCUCAUGGGCUGGGGUUGCUCCUACUGGACUGCAUCUUGAUGUCGUCAAGAAUGGAAGUGUUUUGCAGAAACUGUUACUUGACGAGAAGAAUUGCUACAUAUUUGGUCGUGCCAAAGAGAGCUGCGACUUCCCCCUUCCCCACCAGAGUUGCUCACGGCAACACUCUGCACUAGUUUAUCACAAACACUUGAAGAGACCAUUUCUUAUUGAUCUGGGAAGCACUCAUGGCACCUUCAUUGGUAGCAUGCGACUGGAGGCCCACAAGCCCACACAAGUCCCAUUGGACAGCACACUCAGUUUUGGUGCUUCCACUCGUACGUACGUCCUCCGAGAGAGACCCCCCGUGGUGCUCCCCCUGAUAACGAGUGAAGGAGACGAGGAGGGGGUUGAGGGAGGGACACUGCUGGGACUACCGGAGCUUGACAAUGACCUCGAUGACCUGACUCAGUUCAACACAGCUCACAAUAGACAGAUCUCAAUGGUGGGCAUAUCAGAGAAGGAUUUGUCACACAAACGUAAGCAGCACCCUCUAUCUAUCUCAUUUGCCGAUGAGGAGGAGAUCAUCAACCCUGAGGACAUUGACCCAACCAUUGGCAGGUUCAGGAAUAUGGUGCAGACAACCAUCAUUCCUACAAAGAAAAGGAAGCUGUCUGACGGAGAGGCUCAUGUUGUUAGUCCCACAAGCCCUGGGGUAAAGUUCAACAAGUUCAAGCAGCCUCUGAGCUCCCCCACAGCUCUCUAUGCUGACACCCCCUCCCCCUCAACCCCCACACUGGCUGGCUACUCUGCAGGCUCCACCUUCUUCGCCAAAACCAUAUCUGCAGCACCCCCUGUGGCAAACCCAACUGACUUGAUGGUCAAGGCGCAGCAAGCCUCAAAGCCUAUUGCUGCUGCCAUGACUUGGGACUCCUCUCAGACUGACAUAGCUAUGCCUUCACUAUUUAGCUCAGAUGAACAUAGAAAGAAAAAAUAUGCCAAAGAGUCUUGGCCAGGCAAAAAACCUGCUCAUUUACUUAUUUGAUCAAUCUGUAUUAAUUUUACCAUUAUUUGCUUCUAAAUUACUUAAAUGAACAAUGAAAAAAAUA